AUGACGGCUGACACCGUGCCUCUGCGGCGCGUGCUGCUGCGCGCUGGGCCUACCACCGACCUCUCCGCUGCCAUCGCACACUGGCGGCGGCUGGAGCCAGCGCCUCUGCUGGCAGCCGGCGCUCGCGUGCCGUCCCCCGCCGGGCCAGUGGAGGUGAUCAGCUGCCACCCGACGCGCUCCGGUCGACUCCACCGCGACACCCGCCUGCUGGCCGGGCCGCCGCUGCCGCCGCCGCCGGCGAGCGCACGAGCCGCCACGCUCGCUCGCGUGGCUGGGUUCGUGGCUCGUCUGCUGGUCCCUGCCGCGCCGCCGCCGUUGCUGCUGGCGUUUGUGUGCCUGUGGGCGCUGCGGCGGCGGAGGACGGCGCCGCGUCGGCUCUCUGCCGUCAGCGAUGCUGAGCUGCAGCGGCGAGCCCGCGGUGUCGCCGUCAGCGACACCCAGUCGACUGUGGUGGUGAGCAGUGGCGCCCUGCGGUGGCUGGGGGCCGCGCCUGGUCAGUGGUGGCGCUGUGAGCUGCGGACCCCCGUCGCCGGGACUCGUCAGGUGGGUCUUCAACUGGUGUCCGGAGACGUGCCGACCGAUACCGCGCUCAUCUCCAGCACCCUUUGGUGGAAUCUGGCUUUACACCCCGAUCGCAGCGCCGAGGGGGAGUUUACUGACGCCACGCUUCUUCCCCUAACCCCCGAGAGACCGCCUGUGGCACGGGUCGCCCGCCUGGCCCAGCUGUCUAGCCCGGCCCAGCUGCCGCUGGAGGAGUGCAGUGCUGUACUGGCUGCUCACUUCUCUCGCCCCCGGCUUCUAAUGCCCGGUCAAGUACUGAGAACCGGCGGCCGGCCGGGGGAGAAGUCCGCCUGGUUCGUGGUACAGAGUGUCGAGCUGGAGACACCACACGGUGUAGCAGACGGAGGGACGGACGGAUCGGCAGGAGUGCUGGCCUGCGCCGACCGGACGUCUGUAUACCAGGUGUCUGACGUGGUGGGACGGGUGCCGCCGGCCGCACCCGUCACAGACACCCCCUGGGAGUCGGGAAUGUUACCAGCCGGGCUGGAGUCUGAGCUCCGUCAGCUCUGUCUGCUGCUGGCUCCGGGCGGCGCCCCUCGUCCCCUAGUCUCCCUCUGCGGUGAGCCCGGCUCGGGCCUGGACCGGCUGGUGGCGGUGGCCGCCUCCCGUCUCGGCCUGCACCUGGUGCCGGUCGACGGUCCGGCGCUGCUGGCUGACUCCAGCGGCGCCACGGCCAGUCGCGUCCACCAGGCGCUGAGCAGCGCGUCGCUCGGCCCCGGCCUCUGCCUGGUCCACCUGCGAGACGCCCACGUACUCGGCAGAGACCGUGAAUCGUCCGGGCCGGACGCGCGAGUGGUGGCGGCUCUGCUAGAAGCGGCGGCUAACUUACCUGACUCGGCGGCACUGCUGCUGUCGGCGCCCUCCGGCGAUCAGUUGGUGCAUCAGCUGCGUGCACAUGUCACUCACGAGGUCACACUGAGCGCGCCAGAUGCAGAGAAGCGGGCGCGUAUGCUGCGCUGGCUGUGUAGGCGGCAUGGGGUGGCGCUGGACUGGAUGAGUGACCGUCAGGUGGCGCUACAGACGGCGGGGUACCUGCUGGGCGACCUGGAGGCCGUGGUGACUCAGGCCAAAUGCUCUGCCCUGGCCCGUCUGGACGAGUGGUGUUCUAAAUGCGGGGUCUCCCCGCCCGUCCGGCCUCCCCCGCUCUCGCUGGACUCACAAGACAUCCAGGCGGGGCUCGGUUUUGUGCGCGCUCGUCAGGCCGAGGUGGCUGGCUCGCCGCAGAUUCCCGACACGCGCUGGCAGGACGUGGGCGGCCUGGGUCAGGUCAAACGAGAGGUGGUGGACCUGAUACAGCUGCCGCUGGCCCGGCCUGAGCUGUUCGCCGGGGCCGCCGCCAGAUCAGGUAUCCUUCUGUACGGCCCUCCUGGUACCGGUAAGACGCUGGUGGCCAAAGCUGUGGCCACCGAGUGCAGACUGAACUUCCUCAGCGUCAAGGGUCCCGAGCUCAUCAACAUGUACGUCGGGCAGAGCGAGGCCAACGUCAGGGACGUGUUCCGACGUGCCCGGGACGCGGCGCCUGCCGUGGUGUUCUUUGACGAGCUGGACUCGCUGGCUCCGAACCGCGGCCGCACGGGUGACUCGGGAGGGGUGAUGGACAGAGUGGUAUCCCAGUUCCUCUCGGAGCUGGACGGAGCGGUAACCGGUGGUCAGGUGUACGUCAUCGGGGCCACCAACCGACCCGACCUGAUCGACCCGGCGCUGCUGCGACCGGGACGGUUCGACCGGCUGCUGUACCUGGGUGCCAGCCGGGACCGCGACUCACACACGGCCAUACUGCGCGCCCAGACACGACGUCUGCCGCUGGCCGGUGACGUUUCUCUGGAGGAGGUGGUGUCCCGACUACCCGAGGCGCUCACCGGAGCCGAUGUGUACGCCCUCUGUGAACAGGCCACCCGUGCAGCGCUGGACCGGGCGGUGCUCAGCGUUGAGGCAGGUACGGUGCUGCGGCCGAGGACUCGGUUCCGAUCGAGGUGCGUCAGUCGGACCUGCUGUCAGCCGCCGACUCUCUGGCUCCCUCGCUGUCCCCUGCUCAGCUGGCCGAGUACGAACUGCUGCGGACACGUAUCGAGGGUAACUGAUGGGACGUUUAUAUAUACCGUGACAGUGGUCAGCAGAUGAGGAGGGAUGGGAAGGAGGGAAGGGAGGCUAAGAGGUCAGAGGUCGGGUCAUGUGUUACACGUGUAAUUUGAAUUUGUCGUGUAUGUAGGUAGGGUGCCUCUUAUAGACAUUUACGCGUUUGUGAUGUAUGAUAUAAUUCAGCAUGUGGGAAAUAGUAUGUGUCAGGUAAUUUAAGCAUGUAAUCAGUGCCACUCAGGGCAGGCUGGAAGGGGUCCCCAUUUCUAGAAAGCGAGUACGCCAAUGCGCUGCUGUUAUUUGAAAAGUAAGUUCAUUUCAAUUAUUUAUCAUAUCUUGAUUAUGGGUUAGUUAUUGUACGUUUGAGAGGGCUGUGACGCUCAUAUGAGAGAUAAUACAUGGCUAGUUUAGAAUAACUGGAAUUUU